GCCUGAGGGGAGCGCAGCGAGUCCUGGCCCGUGAUUGUGCAGACCAGGGGGCUGGAUGGCAUGCUGGACCCAAGCUCAGCUCAGCGUCCGGGCCCAAUAAAGGCUUUUCCAAGGGAGCAGCUUUCUGUCCUGGCUACGCUGAGGUGCAUAGCGUAAUGUCCAUGUUGUUCUACGCUCUGAUCACAGCUUUUCUGAUCGGUAUACAGGCAGAACCCCAGGCAGAGAGCAAUGUCCCAGCAGGACAAGCCAUCCCUCAAGCCCACUGGACUAAGCUUCAGCAUUCCCUUGACACAGCCCUCCGCAGAGCCCACAGCGCCCCGCCUGGGGCGAUAGCUGCCAGGGUGGCAGGGCAGACCCGCAACAUCACUGUGGACCCCAAACUCUUUAAGAAGCGGCGGCUGCGUUCACCCCGGGUGCUGUUUAGCACCCAGCCCCCACCUGUCGCCGUGGAUGCUCAGGAUCUGGACUUGGAGAACGGUGGUGCAGCCCCCUUCAACAGGACUCACAGGAGCAAGCGGUCCUCGUCCCACCCCGUUUUCCACAGGGGGGAGUUCUCAGUGUGUGACAGUGUCAGCGUGUGGGUUGGGGAUAAGACCACCGCCACAGACAUCAAGGGCAAGGAGGUGAUGGUGUUGGGGGAAGUGAACAUUAACAACAGUGUAUUCAAACAGUACUUUUUUGAGACCAAGUGCCGGGACCCCAAUCCCGUCGACGGCGGGUGCAGGGGCAUUGACUCGAAGCACUGGAACUCGUAUUGUACCACGACUCACACCUUUGUCAAGGCGCUGACCAAGGAGGGCAAGCAGGCUGCCUGGCGGUUUAUCCGGAUCGACACGGCCUGCGUGUGUGUGCUCAGCAGGAAGACUGGGAGAAGAACCUGACCUGCGGGAGACCCCCAAUUCCCCCCACCUUCCACUGACCCCCCCCACCCUCUACUGGGCCCCUCCCUACCUCAACCUGUAAAUUAUUUUAAAUUAUAAG